AUGAAGUACGUAGUGGUCGGCGGAGGAAUCGCGGGCGUGUCUUGCGCAAACGAAAUUCUCCGAUUAGACAAGAGCCCGGAAUCGGAAGUCAUUUUAAUUAGUGCUUCGAGUUUUGUGAAAUCUGUGGAGAACUAUCGAAAAGUGAGUAUUUGUCGGGACAGAUCGAAAGAAAGGGAAAGAGUUGCAGGUGGGCCAGUACGGGGAGAAAUUCGACGUGAAAGAGACGGAGCACUCGAAACUCUUCCCCGAUCACAGAUUUCGUUUUGUGAACGACGUCGUCACAAGUUGGAAUGCCCAAAACAAAGAGGUUCAUCUCCAGAAGACGGGAACCGCGCAGUUCGAGAAAUUGUGCAUUGCGACGGGCUCCAGACCGCGAGGCCAACAGGAACUGGCCGCAGAUCAACGCUUUCUGUUUCUGAGAGACACACAAAGUGCGAUGGAACUGAGGAAGCAGCUGGAAAGCAAGAGGAAUGUGCUGAUUGUGGGCAACGGAGGCAUUGCGACCGAGCUGAUGUACGAACUGACAGACGUGAAUGUGACGUGGCUGGUGAGGGAAGAAUGGAUUUGCGCAUCGUUCUUUCCACAAGACAUGGAAGGAUUCAUUGAGCAACGGCUUCUAGCUGGCAGACCGGACGGUAAAAAUUCUCGCUAAAAAACGUGCGAUCGAAUGAAUUCUAGGGUACAAACACGGCGGAGUCCUCAAACAUCGGAGACACACGAACUCGUCGAGCCGAGAAAACAUCGGAAUUGUUCCGUUUGGCCCUGCGCUCGGGCCAGAUUGGUGUGCGAGUAUCGAAUUCGGAAAAGGAAGAAACGAACGGACGGUCAGAAUUCUGCGGAAUUGUCAAAUUGAAAAGUGCCGAACAGACGGAGAUCUGGUUGUCGAGUACACGGAUAAAAGCGACGGGGUCAGUAAUGCCGCGUCCAAAGAAAAAAAAAAGCGCCCAAAGUUAAAGGAAAUCCCUGAAAAAUCCGCGUGAUUUCCGGGUUUUUUAAAACUUUGGAAGCGGCAUAAGAAAUAAAAAAGCAAAAAAUGAUUAUUUUUUAGAAAAAAGAACUGAAGCCAGAUAUUGUCAUUUGGGCGGUCGGAGUGAGGCCGAAUUCGGAGGAAUGGGCGGUCGGAAAGGGCUUGAAAGUGAGUGAAAAGGGAGGAAUAGAAGUGAACGACGCCUUCGAAACCUCCAUUUCCGACGUCUUCGCUUGUGGAGAUGUCUGCUCACUUUCAAGUUCCUCUCCAAUUUGGACUCAGGUUCCCGAUUCGUUCUUUCUCAAUUCAUCUUCCGUUUCAGAGACAAUUGUGGACGCAAGCCCGUCAGGAAGGAGAAGUUUGUGGCCGAUCCAUGGCAUCUGGAGCUGAAGAAGCUCGCAUGCAAAGCAUGUAUUUCGAAUUGUUUUCCCAUUGCACUACGUUCUUCGGUACCAAGGUGAGUUUGGCCAAGAAGACAAAUUUUAUUUUGGAGAUAAAAAUAAUACAGGGUGGAAUUUUAUGGGGUUGA